AAUGGGUAUUUUGAUAGCAGCUGAGAGGAAAGUUAAAUCUUGACUUGCGUUUCUGGGCAAAAUCAGUCCUCUCGAAUGAGCUGUAAAAUUCCCGAGAAAAGACCAUAAAUACAGAAAUGGAUGCCAAGAAGAGCGUCCACGCGAGACCUUGUGAAAAGUUCAGCAGAAUUUCCGUGGCUAUUUCAGUGACAUCCUUGACUCUUGUGACGUUAUUGUUUAUGAGGAUCGAACUUGUGCACAUGAAUUCGAAAGCUCUGGAAACAAGCCUUGAAAACCGAAUCCGACGGAUUGACGGUGACCUGAAAACGAACAUAGAGAGGAUAGUGACGAAGAAGUUAAAAUUUUAUGAAACUGCACUUACAACAAGGAGUAAGGAAAGAUCUGAUGUUAUCUUUGGUGUUGAAAGCAAAGUAGGAAGUGUGUCAUCUGUUAUUCAUGAUCAUCAAAGAGAGAGAAGAAAUGUUGCUGCAGGAACAAUAACUCUGCAGCAAGUCCGCCAAGAAAUCGACAACAAGUUUAAUCAUUCCUGCAGAAUCACAAGCAAGAUUUGUCAAGCAGGACCUCCAGGUCCCCGAGGUGCCCACGGUUAUCCAGGGUACAAAGGAGAAAAAGGAGCCGUGGGGAAAACCGGCCCACGAGGCCCUCAAGGUCCUAUCGGGGCUCCAGGUUCGAGUGGCAAAAGAGGACCUGUGGGACCUCAAGGAGCCAAAGGCGACAAAGGGGAUAAAGGGUCCGUUGGAGCAACCGGCAUUAGAGGAGAGACUGGAUCGAAGGGUCGUCAAGGACAAAAAGGAUCUAUUGGCUUAAAAGGAAACAGAGGCAGCAGAGGAUUGGUUGGUAUUCAGGGACCGAAAGGAGAAUGUGUUGUUCCACCGAAGAUCAGUGUGCAUCCAGUGUCCCAGCAAGUCUUUGUGAACGAGCCAGCAAUAUUUUACUGCUGGGUUCAAGGCCAAAUGUCGUCAAAGAUAACAUGGCGUAAGCUUGGAGGUUCUCUCUCUGGUGCUACUGUGGAGGAUGGCGCACUUCAAAUCAACAGCGUACAAAGGUCACAUGUUGGAUCGUACAUGUGUACAGCUCACACUGGUCUAGGAUUGUUCAGAAUAAUAUGCAGACUGCAAGUAAAAGGUAAAAUCUUCCAAUUUCAAACUCUUUCUGUCUUACUUCUCCUCAGUCGCGCGAUCUAUUUCCAUCCAGCAAGACUCGUCCCAUAA